CGUCGACAUAUAAUUUUAUAGCAAACAGUAUAAAUUUGCCAUUCGUGGCAAUCGGCUGUUGGCUAUGCUUCUUCGAAAAGCUGCUACGGGCCUCGGCUGCCGAAGCUGUCGCAAUGUUGUGCUGCGAGCUACAACUGUUCGCACCCAGCUGUGCACCCCUACUACGCCAAGUAGCGCAACUCCUAUGCGCUGGCAGCGUUCCAUUGCGACAACAUCUCGACUAUACUCAACCGACAAUAAAAGCCAAACGCCUAUAAAAGAUGAAUUGGUUGAUGUAGAAGAUGCCGAAGAGUCGGAACUUGCAUCCAAUGUUCCCUGGUUCCUAGAGGAAGAAGCACCGCAGAGGGCGCCGAGCCAACAUACACAGAAGCUCCCUGACGUACCAGAAGAUGCCCCCAAAAUGAUUGGCCCGAUGAUCAAGUACAUCUUUGAAGACAUGGGUCUUGACGAUAUUUCCAUGUUCGACCUCCGUGAGCUAGACCCUGCUGCUGCGCUUGGGCCGAACCUCAUUAUGCUCUUCGGAACGGCCAGAAGUGAAACCCAUCUUCACGUCAGUGCCGGACGAUUUGUCCGUUGGCUGCGCAAGAACCAUAGCAUUGCUGCAAAGGCAGAUGGUCUGAUUGGCCCCGGUGAAUUGAAAACAAAGUUGCGCCGUCUACGCAAGAAGGCUAAGCUGAUGGGAACCAACACAGCAGUCAUCCCGAGAGGUGAUAAUGGCAUUUCCACAGGCUGGAUUUGUGUCAACUUUGGCAUCAACGAGUCGCAAUCGAAUGCAUCUGUUAGCUUCGACGAGAGCGGGAUGAUUUCAGGUUUCGGGUCGGAGGAAGACGGAGUGACUGUUGUUGUGCAGUGCAUGACAGAGGCUAGACGUGAUGAGUUGAACCUCGAAACGCUAUGGGAGAGCACUUUGAGACGAAGCGUCGUACAGCAGAUGAAGUUCCUCGGCGAGGACUCUAGCAAUACGCAAGAAAUCGACAGAAUCAUGAAGGAGAGAAUCCAGCUGCCUACCACUGGUUCCAAACAGCAAUGGCAGGCUCUCGAGCGAGCUUCACAAGAACAGCGACGUUUCUAUUCAACGAGUGCACGUCGGCUAGAACCAUCCAAGCAGCGCAAACCCAGCCAGAGCGCACCACCAGAGCCAACUCCGCGUGUCCCGCUAGACGAGGUCCGACAACAAUUGCAGCUGCUCCAACAGAGCGGUACCCAGAUUGACCGCUCCAAGCUGCAUUCUCUGAUCCAAGCCAUCUUUUCAGCAACAUCAGAGGAACCCAACUCGUCUCUGACUCGACUGUCCGCCAUGGACCAACUUCUUCAGAGCGCUGAAGAGCAGGAUACCAGCACAUGGCACCCCGAGACAAUCGUCACCAUGAUCGAAGCGAUGACACUCUCGCCAGCAUACGACUCGCACAUACAACAAGCUCGUAAGAAUAUCGAAUAUCUCAUUGCUCAAAUGAAGCUCCGACCAGACAAUCUCCAGCAACUCCGCCUUAUGCACAUAUAUGCCUCUCGCAAAGAAUGGGAACGAUUCUGGUACGUCUUCAGAAUCCCGCCACGCCUACAGCAGCCACGCACAAAGGAACACUACGAGCUCGCGUUUCGCGCCAUGGCACUGACCAAAGACGCUACGCUUUGCACAGAGGCCCUUCGCUGGGUAUAUCCCGAGAUGCUCAAGGAGCAGAUUGAGCUGGAGAUUACGGGUGCUUUGUACAUGUCGCUAAAAGCCUGUAUCCUUACAGCAGACCCUAUGGCUGAGCAGCUCCUAGCCCAACCGCCCUCAAAGGAAGGCAUGAGCAUUAUCCAACAGCGACAGCUUGAGCGCCGUGAGUUUGUGUGCGUGCUUAGAGAAGUUGAGGACCUGCACCGCCAUCAUAUUGCCAUGACUGCGCGUGGCGAGCGCGACGGCCGCUUGAACAGGUUCCUCGAUUCCGAAAGCAGCGCGAGGGCAUAAUUUGCGAGGCAAUAUCAGAAUGUAACAUUAUUUGUAUAAAACAGGAUGAAUCAUAUCAUGUAUCAUUAUAUUAGAAACAAGUGUACUAUAGAAAAUUCUACCAUAUUUACUCUCUA